AGGGCAAACGAUGGCGCUUGUACAGAUGGUUAAAGGGCCCUGUGCACUAACAUGCAGAGAGGUUUACAAUUGUAGCUAGAAUUUAGCGAGACUCACAGACAGUUGAUUUCGGGAUUGGAAAAAUCCUUUUCAGUCAUCAUUGUAUAAUUUUCCAGGAUCAUCUCUAUGAUGUCACAUCAUAAACUCCAGGAUUGAGAAGGCAGUCGAGAAAUGUAUUAAGAGUGCUUAAGGAGCCACGUAUCGUUAGCUUGCUAGCUAGUUAUCCAAGUGAAUGCGAGGAGGCUAGUUUUCUAUACACUGACAGAUUAAAUUCACUCAAAGCAGUCGGUAUAAUUUGUGCUUGCAAAUAAGGCUCGAGCGAGAAACAGCUGUGGAGCUGGGAGUGCCUGGUCCGUGGUGUGAAUGAGGGAGCCAUGGCAGACCACACCCCCCCACUGGAGUCUGGCCAGCUGCUUAGCCCCGAGCUCCCACUCCUCCAGUCGCCCCCGCCCCCAGCCAUGGUCAACGGAGAGGGACCGCAGCAGGUAAUCUUGGUGCAGGUAAACCCAGGUGAAGCCUUUACAAUCCAGAGAGAGGAUGGUCAGAUCCAGUGUAUCACAGGUCCUGCUCAGGUUCCCAUGAUGUCCCCAAAUGGUUCAGUGCCUCCAAUCUAUGUGCCUCCUGGAUACGUUUCACAGAUCAUCGAGGAGAAUGGUGUUCGGCGGGUGCUUGUGCUUCCCCAGCCAGAAUUCCACCACGGCGGGCACUCACCCCUGCACCACGCGCCGCCCCCGCCACCACCCCCUCACGCCCACAUGCCCGCCUUCCUGCCACACCCGCCCAUGAUGGGCCCGCCGCCACCCCACCUCUACUCAGGCAUGGCAGGCGGCGCCAGCGACAUGAGACACGAGUAUAUCUCACAGUACCACCCUGCACACAUCUACUCCGAACAGGACCCCCACUCUCCCCACGGCCGCCCACAGUUUGUGCACCGCGACGAAAGGGCUAAUAAAACCUACGAGCGGCUGCAGAAGAAGCUCAAGGAGCGACAGGGAGGCGAGAGAGGAGGAGGAGGAGGAGGAGGAGGCGGCGGCGGAGGACCCAACAAGGACAGCCCUCCGUCCUCUCCGCAGAAGAACCGCGGGACUCCGCUGGUCUCGGACGUCCACAACGGCUUGGGCGGCAAGGGGCCAGAGCAGGAGCUGAGCCCCAGCGGCUCCCCCGGUUCGCCCAGUCGCUCGGCCGCCAGCGGGGGACGGGAGAGGAUCAUGGAGCCCGGAGAGUUGGAUGAAGAGGCACAGGCACUGCAAGCGAGGCUAAACAACAUUAGCAAGCCAGUGGUGGUGGAGAUCCACGCGCGUGGCGUGUCUCUGAGUUGGAGCGCCCCUCCCAGGCCAGAUGCCGAGGCCGAGGCCGAGGCCGAAGCCGAGGCCGGGGGCGCAGGGGACAGGGCGGCAGAGGGAGAGACGGAGGCAGAGGGCGAGGGUGAGGAAGCACGGGAGGAAGAGGAGGCCGAUCAGACACCUCCAGACCCCCCCUUCACCUAUGAGGUGUCCGUCUCCUACAGUGGCAAAGACGGCAGAUACAAGAGUGCAUUCAGUGGUAAGGAUCUGAGCACGACCAUCGAAGACCUUAGACCAGCAACAGACUACCACGUCAGGGUCCAGGCCAUGUGUAAGUGUUUACAAGGCUCUCCCUCAGAAGCGGUGAGCUUCACCACUCUCAGCUGUGAGCCUGAUGCCCCCAGCCCACCCAAGAAGACCAACGGCACCAAGAACUCCCUCAGCCUGCAGUGGAAGGCGCCUUGCGACAACGGCUCCAAGAUCCAGAACUACAUCCUGCAGUGGGACGAGGGAAAGGGCACAGGGAUCUUUGAGCAGUGUUACUACGGCCCGCAGAAGCAGUACCGAGUCACCAAGCUCUCGCCAGCGUCCCGAUACGCCUUCCGCCUGGCGGCCAAGAACGACAUGGGGGUCAGUGAGUUCAGCGAGGCGGUGGAGCUGAUGACGUCGUGUGGGGUGCCAGCGCCCCCAGUCAGCCCUGAGCUUGUGCAGGCCGGGGUCACGUGGCUGUGCCUGCAGUGGCAGCGGCCCCAGGGCUCACCCCGCGAGGACGAAAUCGGCUACGUGCUCGAGAUGGAGGAGCAGGGAUCGGGCUAUGGUUUCCAGCCGAGUUACGACGGUGACGAGCUCUCUUGCACAGUCAGGAACCUCCACAGGAGCACCACCUACAAGUUCCGCGUGGCGGCCUACAACACUGAGGGCAAGAGCAACCCCAGCCCUGUGACGGAGGUCAUUACCUCCCCAGACCGACCGGGCUGUCCGCCCCGGCCCUCGCUCAGGGGCAAGGCCAACCCCACCAGCUUCCGCCUGACAUGGGAUGCCCCCAAAGAUAACGGAGGUUCAGACAUCACAAAGUACACAGUGGAGAUGUCAGAAGGUCUGACAGGUUCGACAUGGGAAGAGGUGUACAGUGGCUCUGCGAUGGAGUGUGUGUGUGACGGUCUAAAGCCAGGCUGCUCCUAUCAGGCCAGAGUGUCCUGUGAGAGUGAGGGAGGCCAGAGCACGCUGUCGGAGCCCCUGCAGGUACAGACUCCAGCCGUCCCCCCUGGUCCAUGUCAGCCCCCCAGAGUGGCGGGUCGACCCAAAGCACGAGAGCUGCAGCUGCGCUGGAGCCCUCCCCAGGUGGAUGGUGGCAGUGCGGUGUGUGGCUACAGUGUGGAGGUGUGUGCAGCCCAGUCGGAGGAGGGCCGGGAGGUGUACCAGGGCUCUGAGCUGGACUGCACCGUUAGCAGCCUGCUGCCCGGGCGCACCUACAGCUUCAGGGUCCGAGCGGCCAACAAAGCAGGGUACGGUCCCUUCUCUGAGCGGUCAGACGCCACCACAGGCCCGGGGGCCCCAGAGCAGUGCCGAGCGCCCCACGUCACCUGCAGAUCCCCGUCCUGUGCUGUGGUCAGCUGGGAGGCUCCCCCCAGCAACGGUGCUCCAGUAACAGAGUUCCGCCUGGAGUGGGGUGCAGCUGAGGGAAGUAUGCAGGUGUGCUACUCAGGACCAGCUCUCAGCCAUGAAAUGAAGGGCCUCCUACCUGCCACCAACUACUUCUGCCGAGUGCAGGCAUUGAAUGUGGCGGGAGCGGGCCCUUUCAGCGAGGUGGUGUUGUGCCAGACACCCUGCUCUGUGCCGGCGGCAGUCAGCGUGGUCCACGCCCUGCGGGAGAGCGAGAUGGUGGUGGAGCAGCCAGCCAGGCCGCGGCGCCGCAUCAGCGAGGAUGACGAGGAGGAGGAUGACGAAGACGAGGAUGACGAAGAGGAGUCCCCGGUGCUCCUCCACUCACCCUCCACCUGCCUGGGCUUGCGGUGGGAGGCACCGUGCGACCACGGAAGCGAGAUCACCUCCUACCUGAUCGACCUUGGGGAGAGGCAGCCAGUCCUCACCGGGGCCGUCACCAGAUACAUCCUCCAGAACCUGCAGCCAGACACCACCUACAGGGUGCGGAUCCAGGCCCUGAACAGUCUGGGCGCGGGCCCCUUCAGCCACACCUUCAAGCUGAAGACCAAGCCCCUGCCGCCGCUCCCACCCCGCCUGGAGUGCACCGCCUUCAGUCACCAGACCCUCCGACUCAAGUGGGGCGACGGCCCCGCCAAGGCCACCACCUCCGACGCCCUGCAGUACCACCUACAAAUGGAGGACAAGAAUGGAAGAUUUGCAUCCUUGUAUAAAGGACCAUGCCACACUCAUAAAGUGCAGAGGCUGAAUGAAUCUACCUCUUACACGUUCCGCAUCCAAGCCUUUAAUGAGGCGGGGGAGGGCCCCUUCUCCAAUGUUUACACGUUCACCACUCUCCGCUCGCCCCCCGCCGCCCUCAAAGCUCCUAAAGUGGAGCGUGUGGGCGACCAAUCCUGUGAGAUCAGCUGGGAGGCGCUGUCGCCCAUGAAGGGAGACCCCAUCAGCUACACCCUGCAGAGCAUGCUGGGAAACUCUGAGUUCAAACAGGUGUAUAAGGGCAGCUCGUCCUCGUACAUGCUGUCGGGGCUCCAGGCCACCAGCGAGUACCGUUUCCGCGCCUGCGCCCACCGUCUGUGCCAGGACGCGCCCGAGCUGGCCGGCCCCUACAGUCCCACCGUCUUCCUGCCGCCCCAGCGGCCGCCCCCGGAGGCUGGCACGGCGGCGGGCACCCGGGGGGCAGCGGAGUCGCGGCGGCCCAAGCGUAGCCUGACGGACGAGCAGCUGACGCUUAUCUUCAUCCUGCUCUUCGGCGUCAGCGGCAUCCUCAUCGCCUUCGUCAUCCAGUACUUUGUCAUCAAGUGAAAGACUGGCCCACGGAGAAGUGAAUGAUUGUGCUAAAGAGGAAAACAAAAACCACAGAUACACCCCUACAUAAAUAUAUACAUGUAUACAUACAAACCCCUCCCCAUGUAUACAUACAAACAAUCCCUGCAAACCCCCUCCCCAAUCCGGCAUGGUCUGUACGGCUUUGUUUUUUUUUUUGUUUUUUUUUUAUUUCUCUUUAUUUCUCUUUAUUUCUCUAUUGCUUUACUGUUAUCGUUAUAUUCAUUGACUUUCCUUUUUUAUUUUUUAUUUUUUAUUUUUGUCUUAUUUUACAUCAUGGGAUUCAGUCAUCCACAAUGGAAAGGAGGUCUCUCUCUUUUCUUGUGUCUCUCGCUUUCUCAUCUAUCUAUCCCUCCCUCCAUCUCUCCCUUCACCCUCCCUUGUCACUUUUCUCUCUCUCACACUGUCGAAGGAGCUCUAUUGGUUCAGUAGGGCUGUGUGUUGUGUGUGUGUGGGGGGUAAGAGCAGUUCAGAGAAUGACUGUCUGCUCCAGAAUCUCAUCUCCUCAUUCAUUCACCUAACUACGUAUAUUUCAGUCACGUAUAUAUCCAUAUAUGUGCAGAUGUAAGCAUCUUGUUAUUUAUAUAUAUAUGUAUUUUUUAGCUCCGGUAUGGGAAAUUCUGAUUGGUCAACCGGUUUUGUAGGCCUGGCCCCACUGGCCUUGGCUGCCCCUUUCUCGAGAAAGCGUUUGUGGGGUUCUUUUUUUUCGUAUGGGACUGAGACAGAAGGGACUGUGGGCACUGUGCUGGCAGACUCUCGGAGCGGUCAUCUCCGAGGCACAUGCGCGAGACAGCCACCCCAUACGACGGGGAAAAAAAGAAGCCGCGGGGUUGCCCGACGGCCCCCAGAAGGACUUGUGAACCCCCCACCUCCCUUUUCCCUUUCUUCCUCCCCCACGUCAUGACCCCCAAAUGUUGGGAGAGGAGUUCACAAACAGGAAGGAACCCGUAAGAGGCGCAGCAUGGCCCGUCGAGGCGUUGUAGAACGUUCAUUUAGCACUUUCCGACCUUUUUGAUGUUCCGAAUGUGUAAGGAUGCAAAAAUGACUAGAUAAAUGUUUAGUAUAUUUUUGUACAGUGAAGAAACACGGAGGGCCGUCACUCCCAAAGUGGGAAUAACCUAUGACGGGGUUUAGUGGGGAUAGACAAAAACAAACAAACAAACAAACAAUAAAACAAUAAAAAAAAUAAAAAAUGAGAACCAAUCUAACAAGAAAAGAGAACUUUAGAAGAGUAUUUUUUAAUAUCAAGUAGUUACUGUAGCUUGUUUUUACAGUUAUACAACUGCUGCUUUGCUCCAAAACAUUUGCUCAGCUCAAGGAAGAGAAAAAAAGAAUAUGGAAAAAAAAAAAGUACGCUUUCCGGAAACUCCUCUUUGGUAUCUGCACCUUAGUGAAAGGAUGUGAGAUGAAACUUGACUGAAUGCAUCACCAGCUUGUGAUGCGAUAGCUGGAACUGCUCUCAGAUGGAUUGUGCAAAGUCCUAUUUCUGUCUUGGGUGUUUUAAAAAUUGUAGUUCUAUUGAAUAUAUUAAAGUCUUUGAAACUGGUAUAUGAAACUGUUAUAAUUAAAAGAAGAAGACAAAUCUAAAUGACUUCAGGAGCUCGCUGAUUAAAUUCAAAUCAACUAGCAUUUUUGGUUAAGUUUUCAUUUAUUAUUUUUAACUUUAGUUUAAACUGAUUAUGUUAAUUUUACUUUUUUUUAGCUAUAUUAAUUUUGAUGUACUGUACAAGAUAAUUACAAGAGUAUCUAAUUAUAGAAUUUAAUAUUCAUUUUGUGAAAUCCUUUGGUCCCCCUGUUGGUUGGCAUAGGGUGGUGUGGGUGGGGUGAGUUCGGAGGGGGAUAGGGCUAUGCAUUUGAGGUUUAUUUUUUUAUAUCGGAAGAUAAUUUAAGUUAAUUCUGUCCAGAGAAAGAAAAUCGUUAAAAAAAAGAAAAAAAAUGUGUUGUGCAGAAAUGCAAAUCAGAAAGACAGCAGUGAAACCAUGUGCUCGUUCGUCAUGUAAUUCCUGUGAAAUCUAACACUUGCCUUUUCUCUGUGUUUUAAGUCUUUGUGAGUGAUUGCGAAUGCGGAAAACACAUACAGUGUAGCAGUCUGCUAGUAGGGUUUUUGUGAUGUGUUUGGUUAUGGGAACGGCCAUUGCUGUUGCAACAGUUAAAAACAAGUACAACAGAUACUUUGCAAGAAGUCUUGGAUGAUUUAAAAAAUAACAAAAGAAUUACAUGAUUUGGUCUUCUAGAUAUUCUGCAAUGUCUCAAAUUCCUAUUUUUGAUAGUGAUUUAAAAAAUGUAAUUGCAACAUAUGUGCCAUUUUAGCACCUCCCCUCACCAUGGUAGAGCCCCCUACUAUUGGCUGGCGGGAGAAAGGAAGCUACAAAAAGAAAAAAAAUAUGCACAAAAAAAUGAGACCAUUUUUAUGUAAUUUUAAUGUUUGCAGUUACCUCAUACACCGUACAUUCCAAAAUGAGAGAUUUGUUAUACUCUACAUAAUACCAGACAUAUCACUUUAAACUGUUCGUUAUGAAAUAAAAGAAAUGUAUAAUCAUAAAUAUGUAUCUAAAGCGUAUCUGUAUAGCCAUGAUAUCUACAGAAGAUCCAUGCACAAUAAAAGAUUUAUAAUUCUU